GUGUCAAGACCAAGCACCGUCUUUCGGUGUGUCAUAGGACAACGCUCGCGCACGAGUAGGCUCCGCUAUGAUGGCGGCGGUUCAGAGUGUGUCCCGAUCAGGUGUGUCAGCAAGUGCCGUGUCACCACUCUCGCCGUCUCGUCAAUCUGACGUGGCAUUGCCAGCUGUCGCAUCCUCAGCAGCCGACAAGAGCAGCAAGAACAGCAGUACCACAAGCAGCAGGAGCGCCGGCGGCGGACAAGCGGCGGGGGCGGCGGGGGCGGCGGGAGAGAGAGAGAGUCACGAGGACGAGGAGAUCACUCGCGCGGAGAUCGAGGCUCGUGCGCAGGCGAUCAGUCGGAACGUCAGGUGUCUAACCUGUGCCAAUCAAUCAAUCGACGAGUCGCAGUCGGACAUAGCUGUGCUCUUGCGCAGAUUGAUUCGAGAUGAGCUAGGCAAGGGGAAGACGGAGCAACAAGUCUACCAAAAAUUGACGGAGGAUUUUGGGGAAACGGUACUAUAUAAACCGCCGUUCAACGCGCAGACAGCAAUUCUGUGGCUUCUGCCUGCGGUGUGCAUGGCAGGCGCGGCGGGGUUAUCAUGGAUUGCGCGCCGAAGAGCAAGUAGACGAUUGCUGGCGGCGCCGAACCUGUUUCCGAACCUGCCUUUGACGGCCGCGGAGAGAGAAUGCCUCGCGAAGCUGAUUGAGCCGCCGUCGAUCGCGCGGAGAAGGCGGGAAUGGUUGCCAUGUAUGUUCCAUGAUGAUGACAUGGCAGGACGCCAGUUUAAAAUAUGUGAGAUGCGGCAUAUUGCGAAAGAUCCGGGAAGAUUCAAGCCCACGUGGAAGACAAAGCGACCCAAAGACGCCAUUCCCUGGGACAAGGAGCGGAAAGAGGGUGACGCGAAACGAGAGGCAAGGAGGGAGGUUGCAGAUUCUACCAGGCGGCGGUUGCUCAAGGAGCAGCAUGACUACACAGGGUUUAACAUUAUCAAUGGCGAAAUUUAUGAUGGUUCAAGGAUAAGGUCAAGGAUGGGAGGGAAGAAAAUGCGCCCAGUCACCUCUCCUCCGCCAGAGAAGAUUGCAGAAAUGGAACAACGUGCAGAAGAGAGGCGCGCAUCUCGAAGAGAAUCACUGAUGGCAGAAGGGAUUGUCCCUGGACGGCGUAAAUCUGCUGUGAAAGAUAACUUCAAUCCUUACUACUGAUAAUUUGAGACAUUCACUGCACUGAGUCGAUCCAUAUUUUAUCGAGAACACUGCUUUAAAAAAAAAAAAAGAAAAAAAAAAGACUUUGCAAUUCGAAUUCAAAUUCAAAUUCAAAUUUGAAAAUUGAAAUUUCGGUCCACAACACUAUUUUCUAUUUACUAUUUAGAAUUGACACAGUUGACAAAUUAAAGCAAUAAAUAACAAGUAUUAAUAACACAGGUGCGAUUCGACGUAUUCAAUUCCUGAAGGACCAUGGUGACAUGCUGGUUGAGAAAUUUCAAAUUUCAAAUUUGAAGUUGGAAAAUUUGAUAGUAGUAUCGAGCUGCGUCGAGACGGUUGAACUUUGGUCAAUCCAUAGAUCAUCUCCAAGUUCGAAACUAAUUCACUAAAUUAGUAAAUUGACAAGACUGCA